GCAGCACAAAGGCCCAAAUUCUAUAGUAAAAUUCCUUUCUAUUGCAUCGUUGCCUUCGCUAUUAUUAUUGCAAUUUCCCUGUUUAAAGCCACAUCCGGAAAUUCUUCGCUUUCAAAUUCGCCCACCAAUCGCAUUCAUCGUUUACUCGUUGCAAAUUAUUAGCAUUUUUAUUGAUAUCGAUGUCGAUCUCGAUCUAGAUCUAGACCUUCAAUUUCUUCUCCUAUUGAAAAAAAAAAAUUCGAGUUUAUACGACAAUGUUCGUUCCAAAGAUUGAACUGGUAUGAGAUAUUUCGGUGUCAGAUCUCUCCAGUUUGAAGGAAUCAGAUGUUAGAUUAGAGACUCAUUUUUUAAAGAUCGUGGAGGUUAAUUAGAAAAAAUGAAAGCAAAAGCGGUACAAUCGUCAUUUAGGGAUCGGACGCAAGAAUUUCUGAGCGUGUCGGAGAGGUUAAGGAAGUCGAUCACGUCUGGACCGAGCCAAAAUGGGCCGAGUAGCAGUAGUUCGAGAGCGGAGGAUAAGAGAUCUGUGGUUGCGCAUCAAUCGGAGUUUAAUAGGAGGGCUUCGAAGAUUGGAUUAGCGAUUCAUCAGACUUCGCAGAAGCUUUCAAAGUUAGCAAAAUUGGCCAAGAGGACUUCAGUUUUUGAUGACCCUACUAUGGAAAUUCAAGAGCUCACUGCAGUUAUCAAGCAGGAUAUCACUGCCCUUAAUUCUGCUGUGGUAGACCUGCAACUUUUCUGCAAUUCUAAAAAUGAAGGUGGUGUCUCCAGUGACACAUCUAGUCAUUCAACCACAGUUGUCGAUGACUUGAAGAAUCGCUUAAUGAGUGCCACAAAAGAGUUUAAAGAUGUCCUCACCAUGCGAACAGAGAAUUUAAAGGUUCACGAGAAUAGAAGACAGUUAUUUUCUUCCACUGCUUCAAAGGAUUCUCCAAAUCCUUUUAUACGGCAGCGUCCCCUGGCUGCCAAAUCAGCAGCAGGAGCUUCAAACAACCUUCCUCAAUGGGCUAAUGGGUCUGCAUCUUCAUCUCAGUUGUUUCCAAGAAAGCAGGUGGAUGCGGAGAGUCAGCCAUUGCUCCAGCAACAACAACAGCAUCAACAACAAAUGGUUCCGUUGCAAGACAGUUACAUGCAGAGCAGAGCCGAAGCUCUUCAAAAUGUUGAAUCCACUAUUCAUGAGCUAGGCACUAUAUUCAACCAGCUAGCCACUCUGGUUUCUCAGCAAGGAGAAAUUGCUAUCAGGAUUGAUGAGAACAUGGAUGACACAUUAUCAAAUGUGGAGGGAGCACAAGGAGCAUUGCUCAAGUACCUAAACAGCAUAUCGUCUAAUAGGUGGUUGAUGAUGAAGAUAUUUUUUGUAUUGAUUUUUUUCCUUAUGGUAUUCCUAUUCUUUGUGGCAUAGUCAAUAAAGUGUGUGACAAAGCUGAGAUUGAAAAGAGAACGAUAAUGAUAAUGCCUUUUUUUUUUCUGACUGUUCUGUUCUUUUCAUAUAUACCAUCUUUCUUUUUGCCCACAA